AAUAUAAAUACAUGUCAAGUGAAGAGGAAGUACUUUAUCUAGUAUAUUCUUUUAGAAAAUGAAAUAAUUAUAAGCACUUCCAAUUAGAAAUUACUUGGAUUAAACUGUAGUGCCCCUUUUAUUAUAGGCAAUGACUGAAGUAGCAAAAGUGAGGUUAGUUUUUCUAAUUAUUAAGACCUCCUAAUCCAAUUGAAUUUAUUGCUAACUUUUUGCUAUAGAAUAAUCCAGAAAAAGCAUAAACAAGAUAAUAAUGAGUGUUAGCGAACUGAAACUGAUUUUAUAUAAACAAAAUAAAUAAAUACUAAG